AAUUUUAGAGUGGUUUAAUAUUUAUUUGUCAGAAAAUGCUGUUGCCUCGAACAGUGAGGCUUAACUUUGGCCGUUGUUAUGCAGCAGGUGCAGAAUUCCUGAAAAAUGUUCCCUUGACGAGACGAGAUGGCGAAAAAGUCAAAGUGGAUGAGUUGAAGAAUAAGGCCAUUAUAUUGUAUUUCUCAUCUGGAUGGUGUGGUCACUGCCGCACGUUCACACCCAAGUUGAAAAAAUGGUAUGACGAAGCUGCAAAAGACGAAAAUAUUGAAAUAGUUUGGGUUUCCCGUGAUCGUGAGGCGAAACACCAGAUAGAUUACUAUAACAAAGCACUUCCGAAUGUGCCCUAUAUCCCAUUUGGUGACAAACAUAUUUCAGAAUUCCUGAAGAAAUAUGGUGUGGAAACGAUACCCGCUGUUAGGCUAGUAAAUAGCAGUGGGGAAGUAAUCGACCACGAAGUUAAAAGUAAAAUCCAGGAUGAAGGUCAAGUGGACGCCAGAAAGCUAGCGAAGGAAUUUCGAAGCCGCGUAUAACCGGUGCAGUAAUUGCACUUCAUUGUUAGGCAUUUUCUUAGUUUAUAUUAGACAUCUUUUAUUCGUUAUAUCACUUUGCUUUCGUCUAUGUAUUUAAGUUGUUUUCUACCCAGUGUACGGUAUGUGCGCAUAGUUAAAGACCAUUUGUGAUGCAUAUAUUGCACAUAUUUACUUUGGUCGGUGAUGUACUACUAAUGCUAUAGUAAUUCAUAACUUUGCUGGAAAAUGCUCUGUUCGGAAUGCUUUCCCUGCGUGUCUUCAUUUUCUACAGAAUAUUUAGGUGUG